CAAGCUGGGGCCGCUCGAGAAAGGAAAACAACGCAGCCCCAGAAACCCCCCACACCGGCGAGAUUUUUUCAUAGGCUCAGAAGUAACUUAUCUUAUUCCCUGUCGAACAACGCCUUUCUAACUUUCUGACUCACCAUUUUACCCAAGCGAGCGCCAACCGAACCCCUAUCUAUUGGGUCUAUACCCAUGGCGAUGAUCUGCCGUGCUUGAAGCCACCUCACGCUGAAAUCAAAACACCACCUCACCUCACCACCACAACACAUCACCACAUCGCCAUUCCCACAAGCAGAGUUUUCCUUCCCCCCCAUGAGUCGUAUAAAAAGGAAUAUCGCCCCUAGCCGGCGAAAGCAGCGGAGUCAAAGAAAGCAAGUCGAUAGCACCGACAGGAAAGAUGAAGAAAUAUACGAGUGCAUCGUCGUGCGAUUUCCUGGCGAGAUCGGGGCGCGUGGGGAGGCGCGCGAAGGCGUGAGCACGCCGAAAAUGACCGAUGGUGUCGCUCAAGCUAUGGAUUCAGCUGAGCAUGUGACGUGCCCGAAUGAUACGCUCCCUGUGAGGGCGUCUGGGGCGAGAAAUACACGCUCGCGGGCUCAGACAAGAGUCUCUGCGCAAGAGUCCGAGAAAAGUGCAUUUACUCCCGUCCGCGGGACACGAGCACGGAGAUCGGCGUGUGGAAACCGAAUACCUAAAGCUCCAUACGAGGAGACGAACGGGGUUUUCACCCCCCCGCAGCCAGCCGCUACUCGCAAGGGGAAAGAGCGAGUGGCGGACACUCCAGAGACAAAUCCGCCGGCUCGGCGAGGUGACCGGGAUACGUCCAAUCAUGAUUCCGCACCAACAGCCGAAACACCAAAGCCGGCCCUCAGGCGGUCCACAAGAAAAAUCCCGGUUUCGUACUACCCGCCUGCGGAGACGAAGCGGAGUCUUGCGAGGCCAGCCAAGAGGCCCAGGGCCCAGGUGAGCCGGGAUUCGGGGGCUAUCAUGUUUCGCUCGGAGAUAGACUAUGACAUACCAACGGAGUUUGAGGAGAGUAACGUUCGGGCGGAUCUGACGGAUAGGCCGGCCGUUCCGGUGGGGCGGGGGUGGGGGCUGAGUCGCGGGCUAUGAACAAUCUGGCCGUUGGGUGCGCUAUGAUUAAUUUUUGGAGUCUAUGGUGUAGUGUUUGGGACAGUAUGGGUUUAUGGAAUCCCGGGGGAACCGUUGUUCUGGGGGAGGCAGGAGAGACAUUCGCUUGCUUAGGGGAGGGGGUGAGAUUUUGUUUGUUCGACGGCUAUGAAGUUUGGGCGGGGGCUUGUUUUUCGGAGGUACAUUUUAUCAGACUUGAGUUUAGGGGGGCGACGGGCCAUAUAUAUACGCCUGGGGCGAGAUCGCUAUCGUAGGUAUAGGAGUUCUGGAAUAUUUACACUGCUAGUUAACGAGAGA